CUAAAGCGAGAGGGAAAGGGUGAAAGCCAUUUUUCCUCGCGACCUCUCGAUUCCCCUCAUCUCUCUCUCCCCAUUUUCUCUCCCAAUCAAGAGAGAAACGAACGCCCUCUCGAAGCUCUGAUUCCCUUCUCUGAUUGCAGAUCGUAACCGGAUUCGUCUCCUUUAGGUUUUGGGCUCCGAUCUUUGCCUGGCAUGGGUGUCGACGGCGAUUCCAGCAAGGCGGGCGACACCCACGAUGCCAGUAGUGGCAGCAGCGCCACCGUCCACAUACGGUGCUCCAAUGGGUUGAAAUUCUCGGUCCAGACCUCGCUUGAUUCGACCGUUGAGGCGUUCAAGAUUGUCGUCGCCGGGAGCUGCGACGUGCCGGCUGAGCAGCAGCGGUUGAUCUAUAAAGGUCGGAUCUUGAAGGAUGACCAAACCCUAGCGAGCUACGGCUUGGAGUCAGAUCAUACUAUUCACUUGGUCCGUGGUGCUGCACCAUCAUCAGCUAACACUGCUGCAUCCAACCUAGGAGCUUCAAGGACUCAAAAUGAAGGCAGUGGCCUUGCCGGAGCUGCUUCUGGAGGCUCACUAUUUCCAGGCCUUGGUGCUAAUGGGAUGGCUGGUUUAGGGGGAUCUGGUUUAUCUGGGAUUGGAUUUCCAGAGCUUCAGCAGGUGCAGCAGCAGCUAACUCAGAACCCCAAUAUAAUGAGAGAAAUAAUGAACAUGCCUGCCAUCCAGAACCUUAUGAAUAAUCCCGAGUUGAUGAGAAAUAUAAUCAUGAGCAAUCCACAAAUGCGUGAAAUUAUUGACCGCAAUCCUGAUCUUGCACACAUCCUUAAUGAUCCCAGCACUCUGCGGCAGACACUGGAAGCAGCAAGAAAUCCUGAGCUAAUGCGAGAGAUAAUGCGGAACACAGACCGGGCUAUGAGCAACAUUGAAUCUUCUCCAGAAGGAUUUAACAUGCUCAGGCGCAUGUAUGAAACUGUGCAGGAACCCUUUCUGAAUGCCACAACAAUGGCUGGGGACAGCGAUAUGGGGUCAAACCCAUUUGCUGCUCUUUUAGGGAACCAGGGUGAUACCCAUAACAGAGAUCGGUCACCCAACUCAUCAACUACUGGUUCAGAAUCAGCUGCUGGGUCUCCUGCGCCAAACACCAACCCACUUCCCAAUCCUUGGAGCUCUAAUGCUGGAGGUGGGCAGACGGUAAACACUAGUUCAACUCCUUCCAGCAAUGCAAGGGCGCCUGGCAUUGCUGGGUUAGGUGGACUUGGUUUACCAGAUCUGGAGCAGAUGUUUACUGGAGUGCAGGAUUCUCCCCUUCUGAGUCAAGUUAUGCAAAAUCCAGCCAUUAUGCGGAUGAUGCAGAACCUCCUUUCUGACCCUCAGUAUAGGAACCAGGACCUGUUGGAAACUGAUACUCGGUUAAGAGAGAGGUUGGAAGAUCCAGAAGUUCUUCGCCAGUCAACUUCUCCUGAAACAAUUCAGCAACUUUUAUCCUUUCAGCAAUCACUUUUAUCUGUGAUUGGUCAGCGACUGUCAAGCCAGGAACAAAACCAGACAGGUGGUGGGACAGGUACACCUAACAAUGCAGGGCUGGAACUGUUGAUGAACAUGUUUGGCGGGCUUGGGGCUGGAGGUCUUGGUGUUUCUAAUACCUCUAAUGUGCCACCAGAAGAGCUUUAUGCAACCCAGCUGUCUCAACUUCAGGAAAUGGGUUUCUUUGAUACUCAGGAGAACAUCAGAGCGCUGAGUGCCACUGCUGGUAAUGUCCAUGCGGCAGUUGAGCGGCUCCUGAGGAAUCUUGGCCAAUAGAUAAUUAUGAACUGAUAAUACCUUCCUAUUCUAUGGUAGCCUACAUUAUGUGGGUUUGUAAGAUUGGUCAGUUUCACCUGUCUUCAUAGCUUCAUGACAACAGAACACAGAUUCAGCUUCUAUUCUUGGCAUGGAAUAAGCAGAGGUAACUGUCCAGGGCUUAUUAAAAUUUUUAUCUUGGAGCCUUGUUCAUGUAUUUCUAUUCAGAUAAUGUAUCGAGCCUGUUAUAUAUGUACAUACACAAAUUGAAGGCUGCAUCUUGUUUUAUGAACUGUACAAGCCCUGCAUUCUGUUUGGUUUA